AGCUCCUCCUCAACCCUCUGUUAACUGUCAAUCACGCUGGACCACCCUCUCAGCCGGCUCCGGAACGCACACCCCGCGGAUCAGCGGCUUUGCCUGCAGGCCGGGGAACCUGGGCUGUGGAAAGAUGGAGCGUGUUUCUGGCGGCUUCUCCGAGGAACAGUUCCGGGAGGCCUGCGCGGAGCUCCAGCAGCCGGCGCCGGCCGGGGCCGACUGGCGGCAGCUGGUGGAGACCCUGGGCAUCAGCAUCUACAGGCUGCUGGACCAGCCAACUGGACUUUAUGCGUAUAAAGUCUUCGGUGUUCUGGACAAUUGCCCACCAGCUGUGCUCGCAGAUGUCUAUAUGGACUUAGACUACAGAAAACAGUGGGAUGGUUAUGUUGAAGGGAAUUUGAGGGAUGUUAUGUUUGGAGAAACUGGUGGGACUGUUGUUGAAAAAUCAGUGGAAAUCGGAUGCCUACAAGAAAGGACCUUGGAAAAGCCAGCGGUACACAGUGACAAGCAACAGGGUGGCCUAUGAUCGAUUGAAUGGUGA